AUGAAUUUGCAAAACAACUGUGCAUCCGACGAGCAGGUCUCUCCUCAUGCCACCACAAGCAACUUCAACCAUAUCAUCAACUCCACUGUAUCGUCAAAUGAAGAUACUGCGUCAAGAUCAGGUUCAAGACAUGCCACACCUGCGUUAUCUAGACAAGGAUCACCAUCAAUACUACCUCCUCACUCAUCUAUCAAAUCAACUAUAGUCACAGACUCAGCACCAAAUGAUUUGAAAGCACAAGCGCUUGUACCACCUUCACCACCAUCCAACUCUAGUUCAAACUCACCAGUUGCAGUACCAAAUCAAGAUGUCUCGGUAGUUACACCAUUUUUAGUUAAACACAUUAGUGAUCAAAGUCUAAUACCAAAAGACAACUUUCACAAGUAUUGCUAUCGUCAUAAUCCUGAUAUAACAUGUAACAAACAAACAGAUGAAGUCAAGAUGAAAAAGUUACAAGAGAAGCUAGAAGAUUUACCCAAUAGAGAUCAAGAAGCUAUUAGUCAUGUAUGGUCUAUCUUCAGUGCAGCACCUGAACAUCAUCGUAAAUUGAUACUACAAGGUAUUUUAACUCAAUGUUGUUUCCCACAAUUAUCAUUUGUUUCCCAAGAAGUGGCCUCAUUAAUCAAAAUUGAUUUUAUUUCAACAUUACCACAAGAGAUCGCUUUGAAAAUUCUUUGUUACUUGGAUUGCAAUAGUCUUUGUAACGCAGCACAAGUGUCACGCAAAUGGAAGACGUUGGCUGAUGAUGAUCGGGUUUGGCAUCAUAUGUGUGAACAACAUAUCGAUCGUAAAUGUCCCAAUUGUGGGUGGGGUCUUCCUUUGAUGCAUAUGAAACGGGCAAGGGAUAUGACUGAGGAAGAGAUCAAACCCAUCAAGCGAAAUGAAGAUGCUGCCAGAGAAGCAGGCGAUGCCUCACAACAAGGACCAAUCUCCGCACAACGAUAUAGUGAUGAACCUGAUCGUAAAAAGCUCAAAGUUGAUCCCAAACCAACCACUUCACCAGUGCUCAAGAAACGUCCAUGGAAAUCAGUUUACUCUGAAAGAUUCAAGUUGGAGAAAAAUUGGCGUAAAGGAGUAUACAAGAUGAAAUCAUUUAUUGGUCACAAGGAUGGUAUUACAUGUUUACAAUUUAAUCGAAAAUAUUUAAUGACAGGUUCAUAUGAUUCAACGAUUAAGAUUUGGAAAAUUGAGACUGGUGAAUGUGUCAAAACAUUAACUGGACAUACGAAGGGAGUACGAUCAUUAGUAUUUGAUAAUCAAAAACUAAUCACUGGUGGUUUAGAUUCAACUAUUAAAGUAUGGAAUUAUCAUACGGGUCAAUGUAUUGCUACCUACCGCGGACAUGAUGAUGCUGUUGUCUCGGUUGAUUUUUCAAACAAGUCCAUUGUUUCAGGUUCCGCAGAUAGUACAGUACGUGUAUGGCAUGUUGAUUCAAGAACAUGUUAUACAUUAAGAGGCCAUACUGAUUGGGUCAAUUGUGUCAAGAUUCAUCCUGGUUCAAAUACUAUAUUCAGUGCUAGUGAUGAUACCACUAUACGAAUGUGGGAUAUGAAUACGAAUCAGUGUCUCAAGAUAUUUGGAGGAAUGGAAAAUAACGGCCAUAUUGGGCAAGUACAAUGUGUUAUCCCAUUGACUUAUAAAGAUGAAUUGAUUGAGGAUGCAAGUGAAGGUGAAAGUGAACAUGAGCAAAGUGGCAAAGAAAGGCAACAGCAACAACAACAACCCGGGUCAUUAUCAUUACCAACACAACUGGCACCGCAACAUACAACUACAAACACCUCUUCUUCCGUGCGCAACUUGGUCCCCGCCACAAACUCCUUCCCCACCCACAUCCUCACCUCAUCACUUGACAACACCAUCAAAUUAUGGGACGUUUCCACCGGGAAAUGUAUCCGUACCCAAUUCGGUCACAUUGAAGGUGUAUGGUCAAUUGCUGCUGACACUUUCAGAAUCAUUAGUGGAGCUCAUGAUCGAAUGAUUAAGGUAUGGGAUUUACAAAAUGGAAAAUGUUUACAUACAUUCGGUAACGCUGCUAGUGUCUCUUGUGUUGCUUUAAGUGAUUCAAAAUUUGUAUCGGGGUUGGAAAACGGUGAGGUGAAAAUGUAUUGUUUUGAUUAA